AUGAAGCUGCUCGCUAUUGUUGAGGGACUCGUACUCUUACGCGGCGUCAUUGCAGGUUCCGUUCCUCGAGUCCGAGAUACCACGAACGAUGUGACGUACGAAGGCCUCUUGCGGCAUGGAAUCGAAGUCUUCCUGAAUAUUCCCUACGGCGAAGAUACUGGCGGCCGAAAUAGAUUCAAACCGCCCCAACGACAUGUCCCCGCUCGGGGAAGCACGGUUAAAGCCCAAGCUUACGGACCGUCUUGUCCACAGCCGCUAGGCCCGGGCUUCGUGCCAGUCGUGCUUGGAGAAAUCACCAAAGUCUCUGAGAAUUGCCUGAAUCUCAACGUCGCCCGGCCCAAAGGGACGCGGGCAAAAGAUCGGCUGCCCGUCAUGGUCUGGAUCCACGGUGGUGGCUUCUGGACUGGAGGGAAUAACGAGCCCACUACCGCCCCGGAUGGGCUGGUGCUGGAAUCUGUCGAGAAUGGGCUGCCCGUUAUCCAUGUCGCGAUUAAUUAUCGCCUAGGCUUCUUUGGUUUCGCGCAGUCAGAUGCUCUGGAGGCGGAGGGCUCAGAGAAUGCAGGCCUGAGAGACCAACGACUUGCAUUUGAAUGGGUGAGAGACAAUAUCCGUCACUUUGGAGGAGACCCAGAAAGGAUAACCAUUUUCGGUCAAUCAUCUGGAGAAAAGCCAGUUCCCUUCCAGCGAGCCAUUUGCGAAAGCCAAGCGCUUGAACCUGGAAUCACCGGUACCUUUACGAUCGAUGCCAUGCAAGCCCUCGUCGACUACGUCGGAUGUAACCGCUCAGCUCUGAAUAGCGUAGAGACCGUCGAGUGCCUCCGGACUUUCGACACGGAACCUCUGCUCAACGCAUCUAUCGCUACCAAGUUUGACGAUCUCGCCCACAACAUCGGAGAUAUCUGGCUCCCCGUGGUUGAUGGUGACUUCCUCCCCGCCGCGCCCUCGAAACUCAUCAGAGGCGGCCGCUUCGCCAAGGUACCGACGAUGAUCGGGUGGACUGACGGCGAUAUCAACCUCUUCGUGGACUUUAACCUAAAGACCGCGAAGGAAAUGCACGAUUUGAUUGCGUCGUACAUUCCGGACGUCGCCAGCGAAAACAUUGACGCGCUUCUGUCACUUUAUCCCGCCUCAGAUUUCGCGGCCCAAGAGACCAAAUCGCUUUCUGCUGAAUUCUUCCGUUCGUCAAGAAUAAUCAGGGACAUCAUCAUGGUCUGCUGGUACGCUGAACAUCUUGUAAAAUACGGGAACGACGAGGUAUAUCUCUACGACUGGAACCAGACCAUUUUGGAACCACUCCUAGAGGCCGUCGUGGGAGCUCCGGGACUUGGACCAGUCCACACGGCCGAAUUUGCCUACAUAUUUGGAAACUUAUCCGCCUAUGACGUGCCGGGUCUUCCAUUCGAACCGACCCAAGAGGAUUACGCCUUGGCCAAGCGUGCCUCGAGGUCAUGGUCGACGUUUGCGAAUCUAGGCAGACCUAUUCUUAAAAAGCCCGACACGCUCAAAGGUUUCGGACCCGCAUUGCCGAACAAGCGUGACGUGUACGUAUUUGUCGCUGGGGGACCGAACGAGGGCCUCUCAGCGAUUGAUGGGCGACAUUCUUCUCCUGCUCUACGAGCGCAGAAGUUGAGGGAGAGAUGUGAGUUUAUAAACUCGCUGGAAAUGAUUGAGCAGCUGGAGUUCUAG